CCCAAUGAUGAUGAAGAACCCAACAACAAAGACCCCAACGAUGAAGACCCCAAUGAUGAAGACCUCAAUGAAGACCGCAAGGAUGAUGAAGACCUCAAUGAUGAUGAAGACCUCAAUGAUGAUGAAGACUCUAACGACUAA